ACUACCAAGAGUGAUAAAAUGGUAUCGGAUUAUGCUCUGCCUGGUGUUUUUUUUUAAUUUAAAUUUUUUUUUACAAACUGUUCUUUCGAUUAUUUGCAGAUUUUCACCAUUGGAAGCACGUCUUAGAGACAUUUUGAAAUAAUUCUUCCAAUUCCCAACAAUGUUUACCUGUCCUACAUUCCAUGCCUAAACGACUUGCACGGUCUGUACAUUUCUAAGACCAUGGAUUGAAUGAUCUGCACGUUUCUAUGGGCGUGGCUUGAUCAUGCUCGGAACGAUUCUUGCACGAAACGAUUUGGACGGAACGGUGAACAGUCUGCACGAAACCCUGAACAGUCUGCACGGAACGCUGAACGGUCUGCACGGAACGCUGAACGGUUUGCACGGAAGGAAACGAAACGCUUUGGAUGUGUAGUAGCACGCUUCAGGGUCUGUAUAUAGAUAUCGAUAUAAAUAAGGUAUGCUAUUUAAAUAUCGAUAUAAAUAAGGUAUGCUAUAAAUCAAAUAAACUUUAUUCCAUACAGGCGUUAUUUCAAAGCAGUCACAUGACUAGAUUGUCACACGCUAACAACAAAGAGUUGUAGAAUAAUAUGGGUCGACCUAUCAUGCAUGUAUAUAAUGGUGUAAAACCGUGUAUGCAAAGUCACAUUUUCUCAAGGUUCUUAAAAUUGCCCCUUUGAACUGCAUCACUCUAAAAAUAGGUUACCCCCCAAAAGAACUUUGUAACACGUAAUACUUUCACGGACUAUCAUAUUGAUAUCCUCAUUAUUUAGAUACUUGAUAUGAUAACUUCAAGCGACCCGAAAUCGACCCUAUCCAGGUGAGUAUUAACAGAUUGUCAUGUUUAUCUUUUGACAAAAAAAUUUACUUUUUAAUACCGAGACUUUCAUCUUUGUGUAGAUGGGGCAGCGAGAAUUUUGAACAAAUUAUUACAAACGCAUUACAAAAUCAUAUUCUUCUAAAGGUAGUCUAACGUGAAAAUGCAUGUUAUAGUAACGUGUAAGGUUUAUAACACGCGUUUUUCAUAACAGAGAACGUUAUGACAAGUCUAACAGACGCUAUGUGGUCUUUGUUGGUUCCCUGCUCAUUCAUUUCAUCGCCAUGGCAAUGCCGUCUGCGAUGUUGGGGAUCGUUUAUGUUGACGUCAUCAGAGAAUUUGAAGCAGACGCUUCCUUGGUGGCCUUAAUGCAGUCUUUGUAUCGCGGUAUCGUGUUUGGUGGAGGAGUGGCAGCGGAACUUGUUAUCAGACGAGUAGGGGAAUUCCCGUGUAUGAUGGCUGGGUCAUUGUUAGGAAGCCUCAGUUUUCUAGCCGCAGCCUUCUCAGAAAGUGUUACCACAAUUGUUCUUCUUGUUGGUGUUGGUGGAGGAUGUGGAUUUGUGUUUCCACUAUUCUUGUCAUAUGUCAAUGCCAGACGAGCAUUCCAGGGUCACUCAUCUAUAAACAAGUUCCUUUCAUCUAUCACCAUUGGAGCUGGAGUGGGGUUGUUGGUGACUCCUUAUAUGACUGAGUAUUUCCUACGAGAGUUUGGAUGGCGAGGAACUUUCAUGAUAGCUGCUGGAAUAUUCUUUCAUCUUAACCUGAUUGGGAUGGCAGUGAAAUUAAAUUUACCGCCAUUAGAUCAGACUGAAUCUAAAGACUUCAAGUGGAAUGACCAAUUUGCCGUUUUCAAAAAGAGAGGGUUUUCAAUUUACAUAUUCGAUGUUUUUCUCUUUGGAAUGUUUGGUUUCGCUGAGUCAUGGUUUCUACCGGAUUUCCUCGUCUCAAACAAUUAUACGAAAGAAGAUGCUGCCUUGUUACUUACUGUGAGCGGCGUAUUCAAUGUGGGUGGACGAAUACUCGCUGUACCUCUAUCAUCAUUCUUUAAUCGACCUAAGAUACUGUAUCAUUGGAGCUACAUCUGUCUAGCCUUGGCUCUCAGUCAUGCUCUAUACCCAUACUUUCUUCAGUCCUACCCUGUCCUCAUGACCGCCUCCGGACUAUACGGUACUUGCUUUGGACUACUUAGUUCUCAAGGCGCACCCAUUAUUCUUCAGUCACUCCCCUUGGAUCUUUUUCCGAUUGGAACAGCAAUCGAAAUGACCUCCUAUGGAGUUUCAACUGCGGUUGGCGGAUAUAUUGGUGGAUUAAUUCGUGACAUCACAAGUGAAUAUGAAGGCGUCUUUUACACUGCAUCGGUAUCGUCUAUUAUUUGUUCGUUUGCAUCAUUGCUUCUCAUUAUUGUGGAUAACAUUUAUAUAAGAAGAGACAGAAAACACGUUCAUAAUAACAACUCUGUUUCGAUAAGCUCACACCUAUAAUAAUGCAUUUGACAAUGUGGUCACGAUAUUGAUAUCACGUGACGUGGCUUUCAAAAUAUCCAUGAAAUUUCAGAAACGAUUAUUUAUCUUUACCCUUUUUAGUUCGUUUUAAACAGUAUCCUUAAUUAAAAAAAAUGUUUAACAGAAAAAAGGGAUAUACAGUGGAAUAACUGUUUCAUGUGAGCUCAAUUUUCGUAGAUUAGGUACUCAUAUCCUUAGAAUUUAAAACUACAAUGCUCGCGUGGGGAUCCGGGUUAGAAUAGGUCCUCAGUACCCCUUGGUUGUCAUAAGAGACCAGAAAAAUCGAGGUCCCGUGUCACAUCAGAUGUGGCACGAUAUAGAUCCCUCCCUGCUCAUUGGCCAUAAGUGCCGAACAUAGGCUUAAAUUUUGUGGCCCUUAACCGGCAGUGGUGAUGUCUCCAUAUGAGUGAAAUAUUCUCGAGAGGGACGUUAAACAAUAUACAAUCAAUUAAUCAAACUACAAUGGAAUACACAACUUGUAUAGUGGUCCAACAUACAGAAACGAUAUUCAUGAAAUUACAUCCCAAUGAAAAUUUCGAGAAUUCACGAAAAUCGGUCCCCAGGAAUUUAAAUAGUUUCAAGGUAUACAUAUAGAUUAUGAGGUAACAUAGCACAUUGAGACCUCUAUGAUAACCGCAUGGUUUGGUCGGGGUGGAGGGAGAAAUUCUCUCCACGGACAGUGUGAAUAGGAUAUUUAUAUUGUGUUUUUAAAAAAUUUUAUUUUACCAUAAACUGUGAUUGAUCUCAACCAUGAAAGGUUGUCAGUAAAAAUUACAUACUAACAAAAUGCAUAAUCAUUUAUGUGAAUGAUAACAUUUUGAGGCAUAUGGUUAGAAUAUAGCAUACACAUGUUUUGAUAUAAAUACAAAUCAUUUUGAUGAAAAGAAUUCUCAUUUUGCCAUUCAUUUUGUUUGCAUGAAGAAAAA